GCGAAAUCGCAUCCCUCUCUCUCACCAAGACCAAGGACCCGCCAUGUCGACGCCUAGUUUCUCCAUCCCACCGCCCCCCACGAAGCUCUGCUCGCUGAGCUACCCCGCGCCCACAGUCCUCCUCGUCACGCUGAACAGGCCCAAACAGCUCAACUGCAUCAACAUCGCCGGCCACCACGAGCUCCACGACGUCUUCAGCUGGCUGGACCGCGAGCCCUCCCUCCGCGUCGGCAUCAUCACCGGCGCUGGGCGCGCCUUCUGCGCCGGCGCCGACCUCAAAGAAUGGAACACGAGCAACGAGGCGGCGCUCCCGCGGCCCAUGCCGCCCUCAGGCUUCGGCGGCCUCUCCCGCCGCUCCGGCCUCAAGCCCGUCAUCGCCGCCGUGAACGGGCCCGCCCUCGGCGGCGGCUGCGAAAUGCUCAUCAACAGCGACAUGGUGCUCGCGAGUGCGCAAGCGACGCUCGCGCUGCCCGAAGCUAAGCGCGGCGUCGUGGCGCUAGCAGGGGCGCUGCCCCGGCUCGUGCGGACGGUGGGCCGGCAGCGGGCGAUGGAGAUGGCGCUGACGGGGCGGGACGUCGGCGCCGUGGAGGCGCGGGACUGGGGACUCGUCAACCGCGUUGUUGAUGGUGGGGCGGGGGAGGUGGUCAGGGAGGCGGUGCAGCUGGCGACUGCGGUCGCGGCGAAUAGUCCUGAUGCUGUGGUGGUGAGCCGUGAGGGGGUGAAGAUGGGCUGGGAUGGCUUGGGCGUCGAGGACGCGACUAGGCUUUGGGCGGAGAGCUGGUAUCCGCGGUUGCUGGGUGGGGAGAAUAUGAAGGAGGGGGUGCGCGCGUUUGUGGAGAAGAGGAUGCCGGUUUGGAAGGCGGCGAAGCUGUGAUGUGGUUGGUGAGAUUUCCGUGUGUGACCCUCGAGCACUUAGAGUGUGGUUUGGUUUGUAUAGUUGUUGUCUACCUACAAUAACUCGGAGCUUCAGGGUUGAAUGUCGAAGUACCCGUGUGCAUGCAUUGGAAGCCAACUAACCAGUUGUAAAAAGGUAAACAUCCAAUUUCAACAAAGUCAAACGUGGAGUAAGUCAAAGCCAUACCGAUUGUCAGCGAUUGUCUGGACAUGAAGCUGCAUGUACAGUAGGCAGAGAAGAAGCAGUCGGUGUUCAUGCCUGCCAACCUAACUGCCCGCGCCUUCCUUGCCAAAAGUAUAACAAUGAGAAAGAUAAAAAAUAAAAAUAAAAAUAGAAAUCAAGAGACAGAAUCGACCCCGUCUUCCAACAGGGUCACCUUUACGAGUAGUAGCUCAAUGAUAUAUCAAGGGCCGUGCUAAUGAAGAGCGUUAGCUAUAUACCAAAUUACUAGGCUAGUGAGCCCCG